AUGUCAAUAAAGUAAAGAAAUCUGAGUUUAGAAAAUACAAAAAACAAAAUCUUCCUACCCAGCAUCUUUAAUAAUGAUCAAGAUGUCAACUUGAACAUGGAUCCUAAAUUAUAUCUAUAAAUGAUUCUCAAUAAAACUACAAGGACUCAAAGAGCAAAAUCUCUGCAAUUUUGUAAUCUAAUGAAAUAACAAUAAAAAAAUGAGCCAAUUUAAGUUAAAUAUAAACUUGAAACAGAUAAAGAUAUUGUUUUUGCAUUUGAAGAUUAGUUCUCGUAUAAAGAUAAGUAGCAAUACACGAAUAAAUUAUAAAUAAAAGUAGCAAAACACAGCUAAAAUAAGGAAGUUAAAUACAAAGAAUUAGUUAAUUGUUAUUGUCAGAAAUUCACCAAAAAAAAACCAACAUCUAAUUUAAAGCAUACUAAACUAAAUCUUGAAUUUUUAUGA